AUGUACAGCGAUUUUGAUCAAGUUUUUUGCAGUUCUGACUGGGUGUCUCUUGUUCAACUUCCUUCAUCAGAAGCAAAAAGAAAUGCAAACUCUAGUGAAGCAAAUUACAAAAUGCUAGAAUAUACUGUAAAGCAUUUGAAAAUCUUUAAGAUGCCAGCUUCUUUUGAUGCCUCCAAUUUUUCCACCACAGUUUUAACACCAGAAGAUCUUUCAGCGUGUGGUUUACAUCUUAAAACUUGUAGAGAAUAUUUAUUAGCAGCUUUUUUUACUGCUUUACUCGUCACAGUACCAAUACUAGCACAAGAUGAGGUUAAAACUACUCCAUCAGCGUCUGUAUCAACAACUACACAGUUAACUACUGAAGCUACUAACAGCACUGAAGCUACUACCAGCACUGAAGCUACUACCAGCACUGAUGCUACUACCAGUGCCGAAGCUACUACCAAUGCCGAAGCUACUACCAAUGCCGAAGCUACUACCAGCACUGAAGCUACUACCAGCGCCGAAGCUACUACCAGCGCCGAAGCUACUACCAGCGCCGAAGCUACUACCAAUGCCGAAGCUACUACCAGUGCCGAAGCUACUACCAGUGCCGAAGCUACUACCACCACUGAAGUUACUACUAGCACUGAAGCUACUACCAGUGCCGAAGCUACUACUAGCACUGAAGCUACUACCAGUGCGGAAGCUACUACCAGUGCGGAAACUACUACCAGUGCCGAAGCUACUACUAGCACUGAAGCUACUACCACCACUGAAGCUAUUACUAGCACUGAAGCUACUACCAGUGCCGAAGCUACUACCAGUGCCGAAGCUACUACCAGUGCCGAAUCUACUACCAGUGCCGAAGCUACUACCACUCUCGAAGCUACUACCACUACUACCAGUGCGGAACCUACUACCAGUGUCGAAUCUACUACCAGUGCGGAAGCUACUACCAGUGCGGAAGCUACUACCAGU